AUGUUUUUGUCCAGAAGAAUACUCACUGCUGGACUCCAGCACCCAGGGCCAAAGACAUCAGAACCAAGAACUCCUCAGGACCAAGACCUCAGGCACAAAGACCUCAGGGACCCAAGACUCAGGACCCAAGACUCAGGGCCAAGACCUCAGGGCCAAGACCUCAGGGCCCAAGAACCUCAGAGGCCCAAGAACUCAGGGCCCAAGACCUCAGGAACCAAGACCUCAGGGCCCAAGACCUCCGGGCCCAAGACCUCAGGGCCACUAAGACCUCAGGGCCCAAGACUCAGGGCCAAGACUCAGGGCCACAAGACCUCUGGGACCAAAGACCUCAGGGGACACAAGCAUCAGGGCGACACAUGGUUUUGUCUGUUUCCCUGGUUAUGA